CGUUCAGGUAAACAAACAUGGCGAUGUGUAGGGGAUGUCUGCACGUUCAGCGAGACAAAAUGUUCUCAUUAAUCGGUACUUUAUCAUCCGUAUCAUAUUUCAAAUAUGCACCUAUAUCAAGAUUUCACCGUCCUAUGUUCACAGGAAAGCUAGAAGACGUGGCCCUUGGAACUAGUACAUUAACAAGAGUGUGUGGGCGGUUCACAAUGUUGAACAUUGUUAUGAAGUUAUGCAGUGUAAUAUUCGCCAAAUGUUGGAAUUGUGAGACGGAACUACCACCUUCCUCACCCUUCUGUGAGACAUGUAACACCCUGCAACCUUUAGACAAGAAGCUUGACUAUUUUAAAUUGAUGGGCAUUGAGAGAGUUUAUAAUAUUGAUACGCAAGUAUUAGCCAAGACUUUCAGGAAACUACAAGUUCAGUUUCACCCAGAUAAGUUUUCGCUAAAAGCAGAGAAAGAGCAUCAAAUGGCAAUGGAGCACUCAUCAGCAAUUAAUAAGGCAUAUCGUGUCUUGCAGCAUCCUGUGGAACGUGCUGUGUAUCUACUUGAUCUGGCGGGAGAACCACUCCAUGAAGGACAGCUAGUUAUGGACCAAGAAUUUUUAAUGGAAAUUAUGGAACUAAAUGAAGAGCUGGUCAAUGCAAAAGACAAAGAUACUGUGCAAGUCAUUGGUCAGCGCAACCAAAAAAUAUUAAGUGAACUGCUGAGAGAAGCAGAUGUUGCUUUUGCAAGGAAUGAUAUAGAAACAGCUAGAAAGGUGGUUGCCAAGAUAAAAUAUUAUUACAAUAUUUAUGAGAAGAUUCGGGACUAUGAGCGGGAACGUGGAAUCCUUGACUAGAUAGUUUUAGUCAACCUUUUCACUGCAGCACCCCAGAAGUGUUUUGCUCCAUUACAUUUUUAGUAAGAAAAAUACAAUUUUCUUCUGUCUACAGUAUAUCAUUCAACAUUUUAAUAAACAAAUGCUCAUUAUCUGGGGAUGUAAUAUAUUACAAGAAACUCAAUACCCAGUUCAUAGUGUUCACAAUACAUAAAUAUCAUAAUAAAUAAAACCAAUAUACAUAUUAUGGAAUUGAUACGGGUACUGCAUUAUAACCUGCAACAACAAAUUCUGUAUUUAUAUUUUCCCUGCAUUGAUUUUUUUUGUUCUCAUCUUUACUAACAUGUGUACUAAAUAAAGCCAUUUUCAUAUUUACAAUUAAUAAUUAUAACAUAAGGUGAAAUAAUCUUAAGUAUGAAGAAAUCAUAUAUACUGUACAUAGUUUUUACCAAUAACAAAGAGGCCAGUAAGCUUGUGGAUCAACUUUAAUAUUGUAUUCUUAAUUACAAUUUACAUAUAUACUAAGACAACAUGUCACAAUGUGAUACACAUUGUUCAUUUUAUUUUUGCUAUUACUGCUAGGCAUGACACUUGAUUUUGUUGCUGACAGAUAGCAGCAUGUACUGGGUCCAUGCGGCAGUUUUACUAAACUGGGAAAGAAUUGAACAUUUUAGUAUACAACUUAGAAAUAUUUUUCUAGGCACCUGUCACUUAUCACACUUAUAAAAAAAAAAAUGCAGCACACUAUCUUCACAGUGAAAGAAUAUUUCACAUAGAUGGCAACAUGUGAAAUAUUAUUUUCAAUUUGAAUAUACUGUAAAAUAAGGCUAAAAUGUAUAUAAUUUUCUGUAACAAUUUUUAAUUUUAGCAUAUACAGUAUUUAAAUUUAUUUUAUACUACUGUACAUAUUUUCUUUUAACCCAACAUUAGUAUUCUAGCAUGUUUAAACAAAAUAAUAAGUUAACCUUCAAUGUUCCUACAAUUCAACAGUAUCCACUCAAUUUAACGGCCUCUUUUAUACCGAUCUGCCAGUAAUAACGACUGGUUUGGGAGACUGGUAUCUGGAGCCUCAGAUAUCGGUCUGGUGGUCGAUAUAACCGUAGGUCGGUAUUGGGUUUGUUUUGGUAUCAGCAUGGCAUGGAAUGCAGGCCACCGACUUCGAAAGCAUUGAGGGAGAGAUGGGAGGCAGUGAUUGAUGAAUGGAGGCAUUGAGGGGGAGAGGCAGGGAGGGAUAGAAGCAGUGAGGGAGGGAGGUGUUUGGUUAAUAUGGUUCACUUGUUGUGUGGUCCACUUGUGUGAUCCAACUUGUCAUAUGAAGGAAUUAUUAAUUGUAACCUGUGAUAGAAUGGGCACUAACACAGGAACUAACUUGGAACGCAAUUAUACAAUGAACUUUUUCAUUUUAGUUAUAUUUUAUAUAUCUUACCUGAAUGUUACUCGAAAUAUUACUAAUACUUCAACAACUUUCAGAAAUACCGGAGCCCCGGAAAUAACAACCUGGGUACAGCCCCAUAUAGGCCGUUAAAUCAAGUGGAUACUGUAUCGUGAUUAUUUAUUUUAUACUGUAUUAGUGGUUAUCUUCACUUUUUUUUUUUUUAGGGGGGGGGGGGCAUUUAAGGAUACAUUUGCCAAACAACCAUUCAUGUUUGUUUUCAUCAUCUUAAUAAAUAGCUGUAAAACA